UUCUAGAGAAAGAAGUAAUUUGGAGGGUAGCAGUACAGAGCUUCCACGCCAUGGUGCCCUGGGCUUUUUAUAUUGGCCUGAUCUUCUGCUUCUGCUGGUCCUCUGAAGCUAAAUUACAUUAUGCAGUGAUCAUCCCUUCAGAGAUCCAAGCACUUCGUUCUCAGCUUGUUUGUCUACAUGUAGAAGGGGCUGAGGGGGAGACCAAUAUCACGCUCAAUCUCAUCACAGUCGAUGGAAACACAACACUGAUUGAGAAGGACGUGGAGCAGAAGUCUCUGUUCUCAUGCAUCCAAUUCCAGACUCCAAAUCCCAAAGGGGGUAAUGAAGAAGUUGCUACUUUAGAUGUUACAAUUAAGACACCACUGGAAAUCAUAUCCAAUAAAGCUAAGGUUCUUCUGAAGAGGCAAAGAUCCAGUCUCGUGGUCCAAACUGACAAGCACAUAUAUAAACCUGGACAAACAGUGAAAUUCCGUAUUAUUUCCCUAAAAGAAAAUCUCCAGCCUGGGAGAAAUAUGAUUCAAGUUGUCGAACUGCAGGAUCCAGGAAAGAACCGGAUCGGGCAAUGGUUAAACGUGACACUAAAUGAAGGAAUUGCUGACUUAUCUUUUCCCCUUUCUGAAGAACCCACUUUGGGGGACUAUAGAAUAAUGAUUGAAGGAAAAGUCCAUGUGUUUGCUGUGUUGGAAUAUGUACUACCAAAAUUUGAUGUGAGUGUGGAGCUCCCUGAAUUAGUCCUGUUUAACAGUUUAACAGUCCCAGUUCAAAUAUGUGGCAGAUAUACAUAUGGAAAACCUGUCCAAGGAUUAUAUAAUAUUACAGUAUGUCGGGAACGUUUAACAGGAUAUAUGACAUAUGUGCAAAACAGGAUAAGUAGUCUUUGCAUUGAAAAGAGUGGAAAGCUGGACAAAUCUGGUUGCACUACAAGAGAACUCACGUCUGAUGAGUUAGCCCUCACAAAAACAGGCUUCCAUAUGGAACUGAAAGCCACAGCUACAAUCACUGAAGAUGGGACAGGAGUUGAGUUUACCAGAGAUAGUAGGUCAACCAUAUCUUACGUAUUGGUCAAAGUGUCCUUUGUUGAUGCUGAGACGACUUACAAGGCUGGAAUUCCAUACAGUGGAGUGCUGAAAGUUCAAGAUGGCAGUGGCAGUCCAAUCCCAGACAAGCAGGUCUUUCUCAGUGUUGACACCGUACUUUCUACGGAAAAACUAACACUGAUAACCGAUAAGAAUGGUUACGCUGUUUUCAAGCUGGAAAAUACAACCUCCUGGCGUGACAAAAUCUCAAUAAUGGCCCAAACCACUCAGGAGGACAGAAAAAAUCAGUUUGGGAUUAUCGACCCAAUUUAUUAUAAUGGUCACCUACAACUCUCACCAUUCUACUCCAAAAGUAAAAGUUUCCUGAAACUGCACUCAUUGGAGAAAGUCUUACCAUGUGAGGGGCAACAGGAAGUCCAAGUAGAAUAUAUUAUUAAACAUACAGAGCUGAAUUCAGAGUCCAAGAGUCUGAAUUUACACUACCUGCUGGUUUCAAAAGAAUCAAUAUGGCACUCUGGAACUAUAGAACUAUUUACAAAAAACAACGGUGAAGAUCUUAUAGGUACCACCUCGUUAAAUGUCCCACUAAGUGCUAACGUGUCUCCAAGUAUUCGAGCCCUUGUAUAUAUUUUACUACCAGAUGGGGAGAUUGUUGCAGAUUCAGCCAAAUUUACUGUUCAGAGAUGCUUCAAUAAUAAAGUGUCAGCUGGUUUCACUCCUGAAGAGGUCCUUCCUGGCUUCGAUGUCUCUCUACAGAUUCAGGCAGCUGCUGGUUCCCUUUGUGGCAUAAGAGUAGUGGAUCAGAGCGUAGUACUGAUGAAACCUGAUUUGGAGCUUACAGCAGACAAAAUUCACAAUCUAUUUCCCUUCAGAGAUGUUGGAGGGUAUGAUUAUCGAAUAGAAGAAAAUGAGCCAAGAUGCUCCCAUUAUGAGUUUCCUUCUUUAAGCUUCGGACGACCAUCUUUUUACAGAAGACCUUGGGAACAACAAUCCAGAAGCUAUAUGCUUCCAUGGAUUCCACAAUCUGAGUUUGAUGUCUACAGCUUGUUUAAGGACAUCAGCUUAAAAAUAAUCACCAGUGGUGACAUAAAGAAGCCUCUGAAAUGUUUUCACAAUUAUGAUUUUAUGCAUUAUGGAAUCCCAGGACCACCAGGAGCACAACCCCGUUUAGAUGCCGUUCCAGCCGGAGGCUCUGUUAAUCCAGCAGAAAGACCAUUGCCUAGCAAAGUUGAAAUUGUUCGUAAAUAUUUUCCUGAAACAUGGGUGUGGAAGCUGGCUCGUGUGGGAGACUCAGGCACUGUCAACCUCCAUGUGACAGCUCCAGACACCAUCACAGACUGGUAUGCAGGGGCCUUUUGCAUGGGGCCCAAUGGUUUUGGUCUCUCCUCGCCAACCACCCUUAGAACAUUUCAGCCAUUCUUCGUGGAACUCACACUGCCAUACUCUGUAGUUCUCGGAGAAUCCUUCACCCUCAAAGUCAAUGUCUUUAACUACCGGAAGGAGUGUAUAAAGAUUCAAACCACACUAAAAGAAUCUGAAGAGUUAGAUGAGGAGCCCUGUGCUGACUGUCAACGUACUAGCUGUCUGUGUGCCGACGAAAGUAAAACCUUCUAUUGGAACCUGAAAGCCACUAAAAUAGGAGAAGUAAAUAUGACGGUCCAGACAGAAGCUCUAGAUACUCAGGAUUUAUGUGAUAAUGAGCUGCCUAUUGUCCCUUCACAGGGGAGCAUUGACACUGUGAUUAAACCACUUCUUGUAAAGCCUGGAGGUGUUCUAGAGGAAAUAUCUCACAGUUCUCUUCUCUGUAUCCAAAAAGACGAAGAUCACUCCAUGCAAGAGGUUGUAUUGAAGUUACCUGAGAAGAUUGUGAAGGAAUCUGAGAGAGCUUAUGUGACUGUGCUCGGAGAUCUAAUGGGUACAGCCAUGCAGAACCUAGACAGAUUGCUGGCCAUGCCAUAUGGCUGCGGAGAACAAAACAUGGUGCUCUUCACCCCCAAUAUUUUCAUUCUGCAGUAUAUGGAAAAAACUCAGCAGUUGAACCAUGAGAUUCAGAAUAAAGCCAAGAGAUUCCUUGAGACUGGGUACCAAAGGCAACUGACCUAUGAACGGAAUGAUGGAUCAUACAGUGCUUUUGGGAAAAGUGACAAAGAGGGAAACACAUGGCUGACUGCUUUUGUAGUGAAGUCUUUCAAUAAGGCCCGCCCCUACAUCUUCGUUGAUGAAAAUCAUCUGCACAAUUCUUUCCUUUGGUUAAAGGACCACCGUCAAAAGAAUGGCUGCUUCCGGAGUGUGGGCAAACUAUUCAAUAACGCUAUGAAGGGAGGCGUGGACGAUGAAAUCUCUCUUUCAGCCUUUGUAACAAUAGCUCUGUUGGAGUUUGGUAUGUCUGCAGAGGACACAGUUGUGGCAGAUGCUUUAUCUUGUCUGAGGGAGGCAGCUGUGAACGUAAGCAACAUAUACACACAAGCUCUCCUGGCUUAUACUUUCACUCUUGCUGGAGAAACAGAUCUUAGACAACAUCUGCUGGAAAAACUGGAUAAACAAGCUGUGAGAAAGGAUGGACAGCUUCACUGGGAGCGUCAGUCUAGCACUCCUGCCUCAGAUCAAUUUUGGUACCGUGCACCCUCUGCAGAGGUGGAAGUAACCUCAUAUAUGCUCCUGACCAUGCUCUGUGGAUCUGAAAAAGACCUAGGCAGAGCCUCAGAGAUAGUGAACUGGCUGAGCAAGCAGCAGAAUCCAAAUGGUGGUUUUGCAUCCACUCAGGACACUGUCGUAGCUCUCCAGGCUCUGGCUAAAUAUGCAGAAGCCACAUUCAGUGACACCGGCGAUGUGACAGUGACAGUCCGAUCCCAAACUGGAGUAAUGGAGUUCCACGUGGAUAAUACAAACAGGCUUCUGUUACAGAGAAUGCCACUGCCAGACAUCCCUGGGAAGUACACACUCACAGCUACAGGAUCUGGCUGUGUCUAUGUACAGACUGUCCUGAGAUACAACGUGCCCCCACCUAGACAUCAUGCCACAUUUGCAGUCAAUGUAGAAGUACAACCAGAUGAGUGUCUUGAAGAUCCAAUGACAAAGCUUGAGAUUCACCUCACUGCUAAAUAUAUUGGAUCCCGAGAGAAAUCCAACAUGGCCCUUAUUGAAGUCAAGAUGCUGUCUGGGUUUAUUCCAGUUAAGAGCUCAGUGAGGGAGUUGGAGAAGAAAAAAGUGAUUCAGAGAAGUGAAAUAACCACUGACAUGGUGACCCUGUAUCUGGAUGAGCUGGGACCUAGAUCCAUCAAGCUCUCAUUCACAGUGGAGCAGGAUAUUGAAGUAAAAAAUCUGAAGCCUGCCACAGUAAAAGUGUAUGAUUAUUAUGAGACUGGGGAAUAUGCAGUUACAGAAUAUAACUCUCCCUGCAGCUCUGAUGAGAAGACAAACAAUUAAACAUGAAGACUGGAAAAGCAAUAAAAAAAACUUAGAAAAUAAUGUAAUAAUAAUAAAACAACCAGUGGAUAUUCAUAUAAAUAUUUGUAUUAUCAUGAAAUAAAUGCAAUUGUCUUCA